CGAUUUCCUCGCCACGUCACCCUGACCUGAAGCCCACGAGGUGCGCGACUGGACUGUGACUGCUAAUAACUGUGACUCAUGCUGACUUCGAAUUCCCACGUUCGCUCUUCAAUUUCAGAAAUCGUGGAACGUUCGAGCGAAAGAUCGAAGCGACAGGACGGCUCGCUGUCCAUCGUUGCCAUCAUGAGGUGUCUAUUGUCUUGACUGUUGUCAUUUUCGCCGAGAGUCGAAAUCAAAAAAUCCAUACAGACAGACGAUUGACUAGUAUGCCACUUCCCGAAGACAAUCUCGCCGAGCUGUCCUUUCGCGACCUACAGAGGGAGUGUCGAGAUGCUGGUCUGGAUCGAUCGGGAACGGCGGCCAUGUUGCGCAAACGGUUGCAGGAAUCGCUCAAUAAGCAACAGCGUUCCAACAAACGAACCAAAAAGAGUCCUGCCGAUGAUCUGCUAUGUCCCAUUACUCUAGAGUUGCCAUGGGAUCCAGUAACGGCGGAAGAUGGUCGGGUGUAUGAACGUUCGGCCAUCCAAAGCCACAUCAACCAUAAUCGCGGCUGUGCACUCCUCCGGUCCCCCAUGACAAAUGAGAAGAUGGGAACGCGUCUCUUGCCCGCACCGCAACAUAGGAGUUUGAUUGAAACAUUGAUUGAAACUGGAGCCAUUGAAGGAGACUUGGUCAUCAAAUGGGAACAAGCCGCCAAGGAUAAAAAGGCGGCCGAGGAGCUGCUACGAAAAGCCAAUGACGGUGAUCCGCAGGCCAUGGAACAAGCUGCCAUCAACUACGAGCUGGGCGAAGCAAGUUUCCCCUUGGACUGGAAACAGGCUUUUCGGUGGUACAAGGAAGCACACUUGCUGGGGCACGUUCCCGCCAGAGCCAAUCUAGGAGCUUGUCUGUGUGACGGGGUGGGUGUCAACAAGAAUGCCAAGCUAGGUCUCGUGUACUUGUCCAUGGCUGCCACGGAAGGCUCGGACUAUGCCGCCUAUAUCAUGGGCAUGUGCUUUUCCAAUGGAAAGUAUGGCUUGUCCAAGGAUCGGCAAGAGUCAAUCUUUUGGCUGAACAAAUGCUUGAGCCCCUGCGACCACGAGCACAUGACGGAUGCAAUGAAAACGGAGGCACAAGUGAAACUUGCUGCUAUCUUGAAGAAAAAAUCCUCUUGA